AUUUGCAGGUUGAUUUAAUGCAAUUUUACUCCUCGUCCUAAAUUCAGCAGGUAUCUCAGAACAUUCGCUGGUGCAAAAUUCUGAUUUCAUACUUUCUUAGGCAUAAAGCGUCGAGUUUUCUCUUUGCGUACAUUCUCGAUAUGGUGUUUAAUCUAAAAAGAGCAUUGAUCUUUCCCUAUGUGUCGGCGCAGUGAAGUAGAAAGAAAACGUCAUUGUCUGACAAUGAGUCAGUUGUAGGAAAUGCAAUUUUUCCUCCCGGUGAAAUCUGCGUUAUUCUUGCCGUAGAACUGCUUUUCAGAUGGGAAGGAUCGGUUUCUGAUGCGGAUCAGUCUUUUGAUAUUUUUAUAAAUACAUUACAAUUUUAAACUGAAAAUUUGAAAAACGAAAUGCCUAACCUGACAAAGGAAUUGCGGUACUUUUUCAGUUUGGAUCGGUUGCGUCCAACAAGAAUGUCUAAACAGAAAAGUGUCACGCCAGCUCUCCACAAAGUGAUUAUGGUCGGCAGUGGUGGCGUUGGAAAAUCUGCCCUCACAUUACAGUUCAUGUAUGACGAGUUUGUGGAAGAUUAUGAACCAACAAAAGCUGAUUCAUAUCGAAAAAAAGUUAUGCUGGAUGGUGAGGAAGUUCAGAUUGAUAUUCUGGACACAGCUGGUCAAGAAGACUAUGCAGCCAUAAGAGAUAACUACUUUAGAUCUGGAGAAGGCUUCUUGUGUGUGUUUUCUAUCACAGAACAUGAUAGCUUUUCUGCCACUUCUGAGUUCAGGGAACAGAUUUUACGUGUCAAAGAUGAUGAUAAUAUACCAUUCUUAUUAGUUGGCAAUAAGGCCGAUUUAGAAGAUAAAAGACAAGUAUCUGUAGAAGAAGCUGAAAGCAGAGCUCGACAAUGGAAUGUGCCUUAUGUUGAAACUUCAGCCAAAACAAGAAGCAAUGUAGAUAAGGUGUUUUUUGACCUUAUGCGGGAAAUUCAGAAUCGAAAAGUUACUGAAAGUAAAAUAAAUAAUGGACCAAAGAAACCACACAGAAAGAUUAGAAGGUGUAUAAUACUGUAACUGACUAUUACAUAGUAUUCUGCUAUCUUAAAUAUUGAAAUGUGCCACUUGUGUAAUUUGUUUAUUCAUAAAAUUAUUAUAUUGCUUGAAAGUUUGUACUUGUCAGUUAAGAAUAGAAAUUAAUAUAAUUUUGAUAAUUUUUCUUUCGUUUUAAAUCUUUAGAAAUAUUUUUAACAAAAUAUUCCUGAGAAUUUUUAUAAAAUUUUAUAUGUCUAUGAAAUGCUAUACUAUUUUUUUUUCCUUAGUACAUUUUUCGAAGUAACAUUUAAUAAACAGUACUGGAUUUUGUAUCCUGUUAUUCUAACAUACAAAUUAAAAAAAAAAAAAAGCAAUUUUGUAAUUUCCCUUCUUGUGUAUGAAAGUAUUCUUUUCUGCAUUUAAAAGAAUUGAGAUUCUUUAUUAUCUUCUCAUAAUUAGAAUUCUGAUUAUAAGUAUUAAUUGAAUUUUCUUAAUAAAAGCUUCCAGAUUAUAUGUUGCAUGACUGGCAACAUUUAAUUUAGAGAAGUCUCUGAGAAUUCUUUUCAGUAUUUAUUUUCAUUUAUCAAAUUUUUCAUCUAAUAUUUGUUUUUUAAUAUUAUUAAUUAAUUAAUUCACCAUUUUUUCCCUUUAUGUACAAAAUAACUUGCACUUUUUGUUCUUAUUUUUUGUUUUUGUAAAUAUUAGGAUUUGUUUCAAGUAAUUGCUAAAGCACUGUGAAAAUUUGACUCUUGUUGUAUCGUGUUGCUUUACUUUAAAAAUGUCUGGUUAGAAAUAUGAAAACAUUUUGUUUUUUUAAUACAGAAAUGAAAAUUCAUGUGAGCCAGAUUUGUACAUUUCAUUUUGAAAUGGAAAAUGAGGUCAGAUAGCGGUUGUCCAAAUAAUGUUAGAAGGAUGUAGUCCUUCUCAAAUAUAAACAUUUUAGGUGCUGUGUAUAUAUUAAGAUUUGUUCUAACUGAGCUGUAUAUGUUGUGAAAAUCUAAAAAUGCACCUUCCCUUCCCACUGUCAUUGUAAUUUCGAAAUUAUUUUGCAUGAUGAUUUUAGUCACCUUUUCUAAAAAAAAAAAAAAAAAAAAAAAAAAAAAAAAAUAUUUAUCUUAUAAUUCAUUUGUGAAAUAUUGCAUCUGAACUAUCAUUUAAAAUUAAUGGAUUUCCAUUUAAAAUAUAUAUUUUUUAAUGUUUUGUUGAAUUUCACCAUUUGACUAGUUUUUGCCUAUGUUCAUUGUAUUGCUGAUUUAAAAGAAAACACUUGCAUUUUGUUUAAUAAGUUUUUUUGUCACAAUUAUACAUCAUAAUGAUGUAGUGCCCUGCUCAAAAGCCUUUUUGCUUUUAAAAUACUUUCAAUGUAUGAACUUUAGUAACCCUCCAUAAUGCAUUCAGGGUUCAUGAAACAUUACUAGAUAAACAUUAUUUGAUAUGUAUUUGCUAUCUUAAUUAAUGUUAAGUAAAUUUUAUAUGACUUGGCAUAACACGAAUCUGUAGUGUUUUAAUUGUUGUGUUAUUAUACUGUGUGUAAUUGUGGUAGUAAUUAUUACACUGUGUUUAAUUGCAGUUGUAAGUAAGUUGGCUUAGCUCUUGCAUGUUGAAAGAAAUGAUGGAGAGGGAGAACAAGCAUUAACUAAGAAAAUUAUGUUUCUGGUAUUUUUUAAUGUACGGGAAAAAAGAAGAAAAGGAGCUGUUUCUUUCGAGAGUUUUCCCCCUCCUGAUUAUUUUAUUUUUAUUUUUAUUUUUUAAACAUCACUCAGCCUACAUGUUUAAUUAUUGCAUAUUGAAAGGAGGCAUUAGUAAAAACUUCUCCAUUUACAUUUGACUUUCAAACAACAUGAGAAAAACAGCCAUCAAUCUUAUUGACUUAUCAGCAUUUAAAAAUACUUGUAUAAUUAUUUAUCUUCAAAAAAUUAACUUCAAAUACCAACUAUUCACAAAUAUGGCAUCUAAAAUAGUAUGAAGUAUGUCUUCAUGGCAUUAUUGAUUCAUAUUUUGUAUGCAUUAAGUAACUGUAUCCAUAAUGAAAUAAUCUAGAGGAAAUAUUGGUAACAAAUUACUAACCUCAGUGUAACUAUUUGUGAAGUCAGAAUAUAUGUACCUUUCAGAAAUAAGUAUCUUCAGUUCAAAUUUCUCUGUUGGAUGCUUUUUAUCGGGGUAUAUUGUUAUUUCAUUUGAUUGAAUGUUUACAAAAAGAUAAUUCGGAGAAAAUUAAAACUAAUUUUAAUAUUUUUGUUCUAAUGUAUAGUACUUUCUCAAAAAUUUAUUCACAAUUGAUAAAACAGUGUUCAUUGGUAACACUGCUUUUUCAUUAGUAUUAUUAAUUAUGUGAAGAAAUAUUAUCUAUUAAAAUCGAUUAAAAAGUACUUGUUAAAUGGACUAUGCCAAGACAUGCAAUAGUUGUCAUCUUUUUAAGGGAGGGACUCAAGUAAUGAUGUAAUAAAAAGAUGUAUUUAAAACCAGGUUUUCAUUUAUUUUUUCUUAUCUUAUACAGCCGCAAAUAUAUUUACAGUUGAUAAGAUAUUGUUUCUCAUUAAAACUUAAGUGUUUUGUGGUCAAAUGCCAUUAAAUAAAAGAUGACUUAUCUCAGUUUAAGCUUUUGUUGGAAAGUGUUUUUAUUUUUAAAGAAUAAAAGCUGAGUUCUUCAA